GAUGGACUAUCUCAACAGUGAAUACAGUGGUUACAAAUUCAGCGCUUAUAAGGCCGUAUUUGAGAGUGAUACCACAAUAUCCUUUACACCGGUAAUCUAUGAAGCAGGUCUGGGGCGUUAUGAAGAUCAGAACUCUACUAUUACUUAUCAACUGUGUCCAGCUGGAUUUAGUUUCUGGAAGCUGGAACAGGAAAGGUGGACUGGCAGAAAAUGUUAUUAAUUAUUUCAAAGAACACAAAAGAGCUGUGACGAAUUUCAUAGCAGAGGGAACGAAACAUUUUGAAGAGGAGCCGCGAGAUGAAAAAAACAUUCUUCCUGAAUACGAUUUUAUAAUUGUGGGUGCAGGGUCAGCGGGCUGCGUUCUAGCCAACCGACUGAGUGAAUUCCCACACUGGAACGUACUCUUAAUUGAAGCUGGUGGCAAAGAGAACUAUGUCAUGGACAUUCCUUUGCUUGUGACACCAUUGCAGGUUUCCGAAGCUAACUGGAAAUACAAAUUGGAACCAUCUGAAAAUGUAUGCCUUGGAAUGAAAGGAAGACAAUGUUUAUUGCCACGGGGAAAAGUGAUGGGCGGUAGCAGUACGAUAAAUUUCAUGAUAUACACUAGAGGAAAUCGACACGAUUAUAAUCUAUGGGAGAAAUUGGGUAACCCAGGCUGGGGAUACGAAGAUGUUCUUCCGUACUUCCUCAAGCUUGAAAAUAUCACAAUUCCCGAUUUGAGGAGAGACACCAAAUACCAUUCAACCAGGGGAGAACUUCCCGUAAGUUAUGCUCCAUACCAUACUCCUCUCGCAGAUGCCUUUCUGGAGGCUGGUAGGGCGAUGGGUUACAGGACAGUUGAUUAUAACGGAGAGACUCAAGUGGGUUUCAGCUACUUGCAAGCUUCUAUGAAAAAUGGUACUAGAUGGAGUGCUUCCAGAGCAUUUUUACAUCCUAUUAAAAACAGAAAGAAUCUGCACAUAAAAAAGUGGAGUUUAGUAACAAAUAUUCUGAUAGAACGUGAUACCAAGACUGCAUACGGUGUGGAGUUCUUUAGCGGCAAGAGGAAGUAUGUUGUGCGUGCUAGGAAAGAAGUGAUAGUGUCCGCUGGAGCCAUAAAUUCUCCAAAACUUUUAAUGUUGUCUGGAAUAGGGCCUGUAGAGCACCUUUCAGAGUUAGACAUUCCCUUGCUUCAAGACCUAAAAGUGGGGUACAACCUUAUGGACCACAUCGGUUUGAUGACGAUUACAUUUGUCCUAAAUCAGUCAGUUGCCUUAAGAGAAAGAGAUGUGAUGAAGGAUAAAGCAUUUAUGGAAUAUAUGUCUUACCACACUGGACCACUUACCGUACCCGGGUGUAUGGAUGGUAUCGCUUUCUAUGACUCUGAGAACCCUUAUGAUACUGAAGGUGAUCCAGAUAUCGAAUUACUAUUAAGUGCAGGAAGUAUAGCAUCCGAGACCAAUGCUCAUAAAAUAUUAGGGGUUAGAGAAGACAUAUAUGAGAGGUUUUAUAAACCUAUAGAAAAAUUUCACACGUGGACUGCUUUACCAAUUAUACUGAGACCAAAGAGUCGGGGAAGAGUAUUUCUCAAGUCCAGAAACGCUUUCGAGAAACCUCGUAUAUAUUUCGAUUUCUUUCAAGAAUCUGCAGAUAUGGACAAACUUCUUUUAGGAGUGAAAAAAGUACUGGAGCUGGGCAGGACGCAAGCCUUCCAGAAGUAUGGCACGAGGCUUCAUGAUAUUCCUAUCCCGGGAUGUGAACACUCGGAGUUUGGAUCUGACGAUUAUUGGCGGUGUGUUUUACGUCAUUACGCUUUUCCUAUUUGGCAUCUGAGCGGAACUUGUAAGAUGGGUCCUGCAUCCGACAGAGACGCAGUUGUCGACUCCAGAUUGAGAGUGCAUGGUAUAAAACGACUGAGAGUAAUUGAUUCUUCGAUAAUACCUAUUCUACCUGCAGCACAUACCAACGCCCCGACAAUGAUGAUAGCAGAAAAAGGAGCAGAUUAUAUAAAGGAAGACUGGAGACUCGAUAAAUUUUGAACUGUUUCACCUGAAGGAACGUUCUCCUACGACACACAUUAUGUUGCUUCGAAAGUGACCAGCAUAAUUGCAGAUAAGUCAACUGAAAUUAAGUUAUUAGCAUUCUUCUUCUUCCUGUUUAACAAUGUUUGUACAUUUUCCGGUA